CACUACCCAGUGUGUAUGUCUGGGCUGAGGAAUUGUGUUGUGGUCAGAGCAGACAUACACAUUCUCACACACAGGCCGAGUUUGUUGUUGCAGCCAGACAAUCUUAAAGAGCCAGUGGGUCUGCCAUGGAUUUAAUAGAGCUGUUCUUUGUCUGCCUUGGUGCUGCAGUCGUAGUCUUUUAUGGAGUGAAAAUGGUCCGCUUCGCUAAGAUGCUUUAUCCCAGAGUUUGCUUUCCGCAGCCAGAUUCCUUCUUUACAUCAAUGGGAGAGUGGGCAGUGGUCACUGGUGGGUCAGACGGGAUAGGGAAGGCUUACGCCUUUGAGCUGGCAGGACGUGGGCUGAACGUGGUGAUCCUGAGCAGAACCAAGGACAAACUGGACCGGGUGGCACUGGAGAUAGGAGAAACCACGGGUCAGAAAGUGAAAGUGAUCGUAGCCGAUUUCACUGAGGAUGACAUGUAUGAACACAUUGAGGAGAACCUGAAAGGCUUAAAUAUCAGUGUAUUAGUGAACAAUGUGGGGAUUCUGCCUAGUCAUAUUCCCUGCAAGUUCCUGCAGACUAAGGACCUGGAACAGCCACUGCCUGUCACCAAGGGAGUACCCCAAGGCUCGAUCCUAGGCACCACGCUCUUCUCAAUUUACAUCAACAACAUAGCUCAGGCAAGAAUUACAAAAGUGAUCAACUGCAAUGUGAAAGCCUUGGUCAAGAUGUGCCAAAUAGUCCUGCCAGGGAUGGAGAAGAGAGGGAAGGGAGUGAUCGUGAACAUCUCCUCUGGUGUUGCCAGUGUUCCCUCCCCCAUGUACACCAUGUACUGCGCAUCAAAGGUUUUUGUGGAGAGGUUCUCUCAAGGUCUGCAGGCUGAAUAUAAAGCAAAAAGAAUCAUGAUACAGGCAGUGGCUCCAUUUGGGGUGUCCACCCCCAUGACGGGCUACCAGAAGUCCAACAUGGUGACCCUGACAGCGGAGGACUUUGUCAGGACAUCCCUGGAGUACCUCCAAGCCGGGGACAAGACCUACGGCAGCAUCUGUCACACAGUACUGGCUUGGAUGGUACAGGCUGUUCCUCAGCAGAUCCUCCACAGUGAGACCAUGCAGGACAGUCUACUAGAGUAUGUGAAGAAAAGAGUGGGGACAUAGGUCAUAGGAGAUCAACUGCAACACAUGCACUAUUUUAUCAUCAUGUACUGUAUGCAUGUCUGUAAAUAAGAUAUGCCUUUUAAAUAACUUUUUCACAUGUAUGUUUUUCUAAAACAAGAGGACUGUACAGGCAUUUUUAACUCAUAUUUCUAGUAAGUUGAACUCAAAAUCAAUGUUUAUGUGAUACUGACUCAAAAUGAGAAGUCACUCCAACCUUUCCCAGCAUGCUCUGCUACAGGUCGAUUUUUUGGAAUCUGUGUUUUUUAAUGUACAUUGAGUGAUUGAUUGAUUCAUCUUAUACUACACAAAGAUAAAUAAUACAUGUUUAUAAAAACUAAUCCAAUAAUUUAGUUUGAAUUUUGAACUUCUUACUGAAAUGGUUGUUCCAGUUUAAAUGGCUUAGGCGGUCUCCUCCCAUUGUUCCUAACCCUGGCAGUCAUUAUCAGGUUGCGGGUGAAUACAAAUUUAAACUGUUGGAUAGCCUAACAGGCUGGAUUCCAAUAGAAAUUACAGCAUAAUG